GGUACGCCGGCCCGGUCAGGCCUCGGCGCGGCCUACACGUUCCCCUCGUUCGCUCGCUCGCUCGCUCCCGUCCGGCGCCCCGCCAUGGCGGAGCCUUCGCCGGCCCGACGUCCGGUGCCUCUCAUCGAGUCGGAGCUGUACUUCCUCAUCGCCCGCUACCUCUCAGCUGGCCCGUGUCGCCGAGCGGCGCAGGUGCUGGUGCAGGAGCUGGAGCAGUACCAGCUGUUGCCGAAGAGGUUGGACUGGGAGGGCAACGAGCACAACAGGAGCUACGAGGAAUUGGUAUUGUCCAAUAAGCAUGUGGCUCCUGACCACCUGCUACAGAUCUGCCAGCGCAUCGGUCCGAUGCUGGAUAAAGAGGUUCCGCCCAGUAUCUCAAGAGUCACUUCUUUGCUUGGUGCAGGAAGGCAGUCUUUGCUACGAACAGCAAAAGACUGCAGGCACACAGUGUGGAAGGGCUCUGCCUUUGCUGCUCUUCACAGAGGAAGACCUCCUGAAAUGCCCGUGAAUUAUGGCCCCCCACCGAGUCUUGUGGAGAUACAUCGAGGAAAGCAGCUCACAGGGUGUUCUACUUUUAGCACAGCGUUCCCAGGAACUAUGUACCAGCACAUAAAGAUGCACAGGAGGAUUCUCGGACAUCUGUCUGCUGUGUACUGUGUAGCAUUUGAUAGGACAGGACAUAGAAUCUUUACAGGUUCAGAUGAUUGUUUGGUAAAGAUUUGGUCAACACAUAAUGGACGCUUGUUGUCUACAUUAAGAGGCCAUUCUGCAGAGAUUUCAGACAUGGCAGUGAACUACGAGAACACCUUGAUUGCUGCAGGAAGCUGUGAUAAGAUCAUUAGGGUGUGGUGCCUGAGGACUUGCGCCCCAGUUGCUGUGCUGCAAGGACACACAGGGUCAAUUACGUCUUUGCAGUUUAGCCCAAUGGCCAAAGGACCUCAGCGGUACAUGGUUUCUACUGGUGCUGAUGGUACUGUUUGCUUUUGGCAAUGGGAUUUAGAGUCCUUGAAAUUCAGUCCACGCCCCCUGAAGUUCACGGAAAAGCCAAGGCCUGGUGUUCAGAUGCUGUGUUCUUCGUUUAGUGUUGGUGGUAUGUUUUUAGCUACAGGUAGUACUGAUCAUGUAAUCAGGAUGUAUUUUUUGGGAUUUGAAGCACCUGAAAAAAUCGCUGAGCUUGAAAGCCACACUGACAAAGUUGAUAGUAUCCAGUUUUGUAACAAUGGUGACCGGUUCUUAAGUGGUAGCCGAGAUGGCACAGCACGGAUCUGGAGGUUUGAGCAGUUGGAAUGGAGAAGCAUUUUACUGGACAUGUCCGCCAGGAUCUCGGGAGACACAUCUUCAGAAGAAGAGAGGUUUAUGAAACCCAAAGUUACAAUGAUUGCUUGGAAUCAGGAUGAUAGCACUGUUGUCACAGCUGUGAACGAUCAUGUCCUCAAGGUGUGGAGUUCCUACACUGGACAGCUCCUUCAUAACUUACUGGGACAUGCUGAUGAAGUGUUUGUUUUGGAGACACAUCCCUUUGAUUCCAGAAUUAUGUUAUCUGCAGGACACGAUGGCAGCAUAUUUAUUUGGGAUAUUACAAAGGGCAUCAAGAUGAAGCAUUACUUUAAUAUGAUCGAAGGACAAGGACAUGGAGCUGUGUUUGACUGUAAGUUUUCACAGGACGGACAACAUUUUGCCUGUACAGAUUCUCAUGGGCAUCUUCUGAUAUUUGGUUUUGGAUGCAGCAAGCCAUAUGAAAAGAUUCCUGAUCAGAUGUUUUUCCAUACUGACUACCGACCACUGAUAAGAGAUUCCAACAACUAUGUCUUGGACGAGCAGACACAACAGGCCCCUCAUCUUAUGCCUCCACCAUUCUUGGUAGAUGUGGAUGGAAACCCUCAUCCAACCAAGUUCCAGAGAUUAGUGCCAGGCCGAGAAAACUCAGCAGAUGAGCAUUUGGUCCCACAGCUAGGCUAUGUGGCUACUAGUGAUGGCGAGGUGAUUGAGCAGAUUAUCAGCCUGCACACCAAUGAGAGUGGAGAUGCAAGCCCAGAGCCCAGCGUCCUGGAUGGCAUGAUUCGGCAGCUGCAGCAGCAACAAGACCAGAGACUGGGAGUGGAUCAGGAUGUGACUGCAAAUGGACUUCCCAAUGAGGAAGGGACACCCCGAAGAGGGAGUUUUAGAAGACUGAGUUUAGACAUUCAGUCUCCUCCAAACAUUGGUCUUCGUCGGAGUGGGCAGGUUGAAGGUGUUCGUCAGAUGCAUCAGAAUGCCCCCCGGAGUCAGAUUGCUACAGAGCGUGACCUCCAGGCGUGGAAGCGCAGAGUAGUUGUUCCAGAGGCACCUCCUGGCAUGUUCAGGAGGUUGGAAGACAUUCGCAUAGAGAGAGGCGAGGAGGAGAGAAAUCUGUAUGUAAUAGGGAGGAAAAAGAAGACUUUCCAGCUCCCACAAAAGUCAAAUUCGAUGGUUUUGGUGUCCCAGUCUAGACAACGGACGUGUAGGCGUAAAUAUGCAAAUUAUAGUAAAAGAAAUGCUGACCAGUGUGAAUUAUCUUCUGGAAAUGAAACUUCGGGCUCUGUUAGACAAGAGACAUCUUGUGAUCAGAGUGAGGGUUCUUGUUCUUCAGAAGAUGACGAGUGGAGAAGUGACAGAAGAAGUGGGAGUGACAGCGACAGCCCAAGCGACUCUUCAUCUCAGUACUCUGAUUGGACAGCUGACACAGGGAUUAAUUUGCAGCCUCCUUUAAGGAUGUCAUCUCGUCGUCGAGUAACUCGAUUCUGCAGCACUUCAGAGGAUGAAAUGUCCAUGGAGAACAUAUCUCCUCCUAAACGAAGGCGGAAAAGAAAGAAAGAAAGCAAGCCUAAAAGGGAGAGUUUGCGAAGGAUGACUCCAGCAGAACUUGCAAAUAUGGAACACCUGUAUGAGUUUCACCCUCCUGUGUGGAUAACUGACACCACACUACGGAAGUCUCCCUUUGUUCCUCAGAUGGGUGAUGAGGUGAUGUACUUCCGUCAGGGUCAUGAAGCUUACAUUGAAGCUGUCAGACGAAAUAACAUUUAUGAACUGAACCCUAACAAGGAGCCAUGGAGGAAAAUGGAUAUUAGGGAUCAAGAAUUGGUCAAAAUCAUUGGACUUAGGUAUGAGGUUGGACCACCUACACUCUGUUGCCUCAAACUAGCAUUUAUAGAUCCAGCCACUGGCCGACUGACAGAUAAAUCUUUCUCUAUUAGAUACCAUGAUAUGCCAGAUGUUAUUGAUUUUCUUGUGUUGCGCCAGUUUUAUGAUGAAGCAAGACAGAGAAACUGGCAGCCUUGUGACAGAUUUCGAUCUAUAAUUGAUGAUGCUUGGUGGUUUGGAACUGUGUUGAGCCAAGAGCCAUAUCAGCCCCAGUACCCUGACAGUCACUUCCAGUGCUACAUUGUUAGGUGGGACAACACCGAGAUAGAAAAGCUUAGCCCAUGGGACAUGGAACCAAUUCCUGACAAUGUUGAUCCUCCAGAAGAAUUGGGAGCAAGUAUCUCUGUCACUUCAGAUGAGCUAGAGAAAUUGCUCUACAAACCACAAGAUGGCGAAUGGGGCCAGAGGUCGAGAGAUGAGGAGUGUGAGCGGAUCAUCAGUGGUAUAGACCAGCUCCUAAACCUUGAUAUAGCAGCAGCUUUCGCAGGCCCGGUGGAUCUGUGUACAUAUCCAAAGUACUGCACAGUGGUUGCUUAUCCAACUGAUCUCUAUACAAUUCGAAUGCGGCUUGUUAAUCGAUUUUACAGGCGGUUAUCUGCAUUAAUUUGGGAAGUCCGAUAUAUAGAGCAUAAUGCAAGAACGUUUAAUGAACCUGAAAGCGUAAUUGCAAGAUCAGCUAAAAAAAUAACUGACCAGCUUCUAAAGUUUAUCAAGAAUCAGGAUUGUACAAAUAUAUCGGAAUUAUGUAACACUUCUGACAGUGAUGAUGACGACCACAGUGCUGAUGAUUUGGAUGAUAGUGAUCUUCCUAAAGCAUCUUCUGGAAGGAGGAGGGUCCACAACUGGAAGAGGAGGAGGAGAGCCAGCAGCUGUACUGAGAGUGACUGGAGGAGACAAUGCAAGGCCCUGCUUAUCCUCAUCUUCCAGUGUGAGGACUCGGAGCCCUUCAGACAGCCCGUGGACUUGGUUGAGUACCCAGAUUACCGAGAUAUUAUAGACACUCCAAUGGAUUUUGGAACAGUAAGGGAAACUCUAGAAGCCGGGAAUUAUGAUAGCCCUGUGGAGUUUUGCAAAGACAUCCGAUUGAUAUUUAGCAAUGCAAAGGCAUAUACACCCAACAAAAGAUCAAAGAUUUAUAGUAUGACCUUAAGAUUGUCUGCUUUGUUUGAAGAAAAAAUGAAGAAAAUCUCCUUUGAUUUUAAAAUUGGUCAGAAAUUCAAGGAGAAACUUCGUAGAAGCCAAAGAUUCAAGAAACGACAAAACUGUAAUGGUGCUGUUCCAGUUGACAGGAGCACGAGAAAUGUCAAACAGAAGCAGUUCAAAUCUCAGACAAAAGUAAUUCCACAGUUGAUGUGUCCUCCUUCUCAGUCUACCUCAAGUAAGGUACCUUUGUCUGCAACCCGCAAGACAAGUGCUGGUGUCUCUUCAGGUUUUACUUCUGGGGACUCUUCAGAUUCUGCAGGAUCAUUAGAAAGAGUGAGAAGACACAGACUUGAAGCACCCAAGAGUGGUUCUGUGCUGUUUGGAAGUGAAAUGGAAGAUUUCUUAGCUACCUCUUCAUCUUCUUCAGCUUCAAAUAGUUCAGAGGAAAGCAAUGCGAGUUCUGGAGCUCCAGAGUGUUCCUUGCGCAGUGGCGUGUUGAGAAGCAGCAACCUCAGGGUGACCAGAACAAGAGCUGCUCGGAGAAAAGCUGGUUCUGUUUCUUUAGAAAAUGGAUGUGGCAGAAAAGCCACUCGGAAGAGAGUCUACUUAAGUGAUUCUGAUAACAAUUCAGUAAAAACAGAUGAAAAUCUGAAAAAUAAGGCUGGAAGCAGCCGGAAAGUUCUCCGGAAGUGUGCUGCUGUUGCUGCCAGCAAGAUAAAGCUGAUGAGUGAUGCAGAAGACUCGAGCUCAGAGAGCCCCUGCUCUGGGCGGAAGCUGCCACAUCGAAAUGCAUCGGCUGUGGCCAGGAAAAAGUUGCUGCACAACUCUGAUGAUCAGAGCCUUAAGUCAGAGACUGAAGAACUGAAAGACCAGAACCAGGCACUGUUGAUGUCCAGUCCCCAUGCUGUCCAGAACAGCAUCAGUGAUUCGGAGUCAGACAGUGACUUGAGAGUAGCCAGGAAAACCUGGAAUGCUAAUGGAUGUACAUCCCACACUGCAACAACAUGCAAAACCAAAUCUCGUCCAAUAGAGUCUUCUGAGGAAGACUCCAGAUGUCAUGGGUCGGCUCAUGGGCCCAGCAGCACUGCUGACCCUUCAACAUCUAAGCAGAAACUUGGGGCAGAUAGCAUCUCUGAGGAAGCCGACUCUGAACCAGAAAGCAGUGCAGUAUGCAAGAAUACACAUUUGUUUAAGAAAGCCAAGAUCUUGAGCGAUUCAGAAGACUGUGAGGAAAAGUGUGGAGAGAGGAAAGGUCCUGAAGUGGAAAGAAGCCCAGUUUCUGAAGCCUUGAAGGAAGCCAUUCUUGCCCCCCAGUGUCUCUCACAUCAUGGGUCUGAGACUGAUGUGGAUUCUGACGGCAGUACAGUGAGAGAGAAAUCACACAGCAAUGCGAAUGAUUCUGUAUCACAAGAGAAUGGACAAAGAAAGAAAGUUUCCCGGAAAAGGUUCUGUUCCAGUGACUCUGAAAGUAAUCUUCAGGGAAUCCAGAAGUCACCCAAAGACAAAACCAGCCCCUCGAGGAUUACUCGAAGUGCUAGUAGUAUGACCGCUGACAAAAUGAAGCUCACAAGUGAUGCAGAAGAUGUCAGCUUAGAAAGUGUGUGCACUCGAAGCAAAAGGAGAAGGAAAAAGCCUGCUCGAUUUGCUUGUACCGCAGCAAAGGUGAUGCUGAGUCGUGAGGAGAAACACACACAUUGUGAAGUGCCAGAGGAACAGCCUGCCUGUAGGAGCAAACUCCCUGACCCUGAACACCAAAGUAGUGCAGAAAAUGCAAGUGCAGACUUGGGUUCUGAAGGGAGUUCCAGUUUUGAGCAAACAAAAAGCAUACAGAACAGGCAAAUGGGCGGUGUCUGCAUAAGGCCACCUCCUAAAAUCCAAAGCUCCUCUGCUGGGCCUUCUCAGGAAAAUCCUGAAAGCCACACCCCGGAUAGUGAGAUUAGCUUGUCUUCUGAGUCGGUUUUGACCCAGAAAGCUACUGUAGAGAGUAACUUUGAAGAAGAACUGAACUAUGGGUUAAGAAGGUGGAACGGCAGAAGGCUUAGGACAUAUGGGAAAGCCCCGCUCAGUAGGACAGCACAAGUUACUUCCAGUUUACAGGCAGCAGCAGAGGUUGGAGUGAAGAGGAGGAGAGUGCAUCCUGAGGUAGACGGCGAGGACAUGCCUGGAGAAAUUGGGAGUUCAGGAUGCAGACCUGACACCAGUCCCAAGUCAUCAGACUCUGGAUCUGUAACUGACUCUGAUGUUGAUUGUACUGACAACACGAAGGCCCAAAGGAAGAAGAGAAGGAAAGGGAAAGCAAGAGUGCUUAGCACAGGUAAACCUACUACUUGUAACCCACCCAAAACUGCAAGACGUCAAAGACAGAGUAAAUGUCCGAGGUUAAGUGUGGAUGACAAUGACUGGGAGGACUUGGACUAUGCAAAAGCUAAACGAGUUGUUCGGCGCUCAAAAAUAAAAACAAGAAAUCAGGGUAGGAGAACGGUGAGAUACCACGAUGGGGAAGAUGACAGAAGCAUAGAGACCGCACUAGAGCUCACUGACCGCACCUUACGGCCUUGAGAUCCCGUGCUCAGUGGCUGACUGGAAUGUACUGUGAAAGCUGGUUUACAAUUCAGGGAAUAUAUUUAUAUUUUUCUAUGAAAAGUUGUGAAUGUGACUAAAUCAUGACUGUUACUUUUAUUUGCACUUGCUGGUUUUUGAAGCAGCAUUCAGCACAGGUGCCAAAAUAUGCUUCAUUUUGGGGGGCAGAUCUACUUUGACAGUAUUGACUACACACAGCAAGAGUUGGGAGACACGUUCAACACUAGACAGCUGGCUUAUCCAAACCAGUGAGCAUUACUUUUGUGGUAGCAGUGUCACACAGUGAUUUUCUGAAUUUAUCCAGAGGUGGUAGUUUCUAAACCCCUGCCAUGUAGUAGGAGAAAAAUCCAUGUGACCUAUGUUUACAGAAUCUUGAUAAAUAUUAUGUGCAUACUGAUAUUAUAAUCAUGGCAAGGGUAACCAUGAUUAGUAGGGAAGGCACCUACCACUUUUUUCUUUUUUUUAAAUCCUUUCCCUGGAUACUUGAGUAGAACACAUUAUACCUUAUAUAUCUGGUCAUUUUUAUUGACAUGGCUUCUACUUUUUUUCCCCAAAUUCUUCUCUUUUUUUUCUUUUAAGGCAAACCUGAUGACUUUCAUGUUUAUAAACUUGAAUUUAUAAAGUGCUUGUAAAUUAUUUUACGUUUGGAGUGCAUAUUUUAAAGAUCUAAUUUGACAACAUAGUCAUAGUAUUUUCUUUUAGAUUGUUUACUGACAAAUUGUUUUUGUCCAAAAUCUACUUUCCAUUAGGAUUCACCAAAUUCUUGCUCUUCCAUAAUCUUACUCUGAAGUAGAGAAGUUUGUGUGCCUUAGAUUUAGGGAAAGUGUUUUUUUGAUAAGAGUGCAUAGGGCUAACAGUAUUUCAGUUCUGUGUAGAUUUCCUAUUUGUGUAAGGACACAGGUUUGCUGCCCAGUGCACCCUAAGCAUCCUUUGCUUGGGACCACUGAGUGAAUCUUUGUUAUAGUGACCUCUAGUGGAAGAAACACAGUGAUUCUGAAAUCCAUUUGAAGAGAAGAGUCACAUCAUCCCAAAUACCACAGAACACUUCUAUUUUAGCCAGGGUCUUUUCUUUAAUGGAUUGAUUAUUUUUGGUCUACUGGUGUAGCUCUUCCCAGUGAGUUUCUCCUUGAAAGGCUUCCAUGAGUGAAAGGGGUGUUGUGGUAUGUGCACUUUUGAGUGCUCUUUGACUUAGUUGUGCUUGGUUUCACACUAAGCCACUCUUUUCUCCCGUUUUCUUGAGGUGGCAGAUAAAAGCAUGCGCUGCUCUCCAGUGUCCACUCUGUUUUCAUGUCUCAUGGAUUUUAGUUGACAUGGUUGGCAGUGUUUUUUCUGUUCUCAUGCAAGAGAUAAGAUGGUUUGGGACGUGUCCAGCCGUGGUUGGAAGGUAUCCCUGUUUCUCUUGGACAGAGAACUCUGUGCCAAGCUUCUUUCCAUAGAGCUCUUACUAGACAGGUGUAAGAGACACUGACUGGGUUAGCUGUCUUUGACUUUGACUGAAAAUGCAUUUGAUUCUCAUUAUGUCCCUCAGGAUUGUAACUCCAUGUUUAUCAUUAUCUGCAAAAAGGCACCCAAAAUCCACAAGUAUAUAUGAUGUGCACUCUUUUACAAAGUUUGGGUUUUAUACAUAAAGCUGUUCUCAUUUUGGGACUAAGUGUUAACUGGUUAUCGAGUGUCUAGUCAAACACUCCUUUCUGAACCUUUGGUCCAGUUGUGUAGAAGCAUGACUUGGUUUCAUCAGCUUAGGGUUCGACAGAGAGCAGAAGUGGACCUGGUGACCUUGUGUGUGGCUGACAGCGGCUCUCUCUCAGCUUGUGAAGCCCUCAAGAUGUGGGCUUGUGAGGAAGUAUGUGUGGGGUUUUGCUUUCCUUUUUUUGUUCCUUUUGGUUUUGGUGCUAUUUCUAACAUUAACUUUGAAUAUGUGACACACUCCUAUGUACCAUUAAGGAUGAUUAACAAUAGUUAUAAUGUUUACAUUUGAGCACUAGGUGUUUGAAAUGCGCAGGGAUUUAAUGCACAGAUGUACUUUAAUGUUUAGGAUCAGUCUGUCUUUUUGAGAAAGUUAUAAGGUGAAUGUGAACUGGUCCAGAAAUAAGUGCUCUAGCUUCUGCUGCACUUGAAGUAGUUAGUGGUGUAUAUGUAAAAGGAGCCAUUUCCCACUCUAGUUUUGUAUGUCCAAAGUCCUGUGAUUUUAUUCAUUCAUAAUUUUUAAAAGAAGUUUGAAGUAUUCAGGUUUGAUUUUUUUUUUUACUUCCUUUGAAAGAUUAUUACCAAGCAUAUUAAGAAAAAAAAAAGAUUUAAAAGGAUUUCCCCCCUAUAUCUUAUUUUAAAAGGUGUACUCAAUGUGUAGUAAUUUAUGAAUAAAAAGAAAAUGUAUCCUAUUUCCAGGUAAUUCCUAGGGUGGUCAUUGUUUUGUUUUUUCAACAGAGUGGAAAACCUCUGAUCAAAUAAUGUCUGAAGUUAGUGUGAUCUUGGAAAUUGUGUUACAGGUUUCCUAGAGAAGUUGGUUUUGAGUAAAACAAUGUUUUGAAAAGCACUUCAAGACCUAGAACAACAAUGUGUCAGGUUUAUAAAUAGGUCCAUUCAACACCACCAGAGGGUUCCAUUACAGACAGGUCCAUACAGUACCGCCGGAGAGCUACACUGCCCACAGUCACGUGUCACUACGCCUUUGCCCUCAUUUGUGGCUUUUGGGGUAAGGAUGGGUUCACACCACAGUCCCAGUUUCUGUGGUGGUCUUUUUCUUAAAUCACUGUACUGUAUGAUAUGAAAAUUGACCUGGAUUUUACUCUUGUGUCACUACAAGUUGAAUGUGAUUGUGUCAACUGAAAAAAGACAUCUGAGGUUUGUAAUGGCGUAGAAUGCAGAACAUUAAAGAUGCACGGCAUGCUUUGUUUUUCUUUC